AUGGGUAGUCGACAGUCUCGUCCGUUGUCACGUGCUCGAGUCACGUGCCACUCAACUAGUCCUCAACGUGGCAAGAUGGCGGAAGAAGAAAUCGGAUGGAAGUCGAGCCGCAUCGAUAGCGAUUACACGAUCGACUGGGAUAAACGCUUAGGAUCAGGAGUCAGCGGUCCUGUUCGAAUGUGUGUCAAAAAGUCAUCAGGAGAGAAGUUUGCUCUAAAAAUUUUGGUCGCCAACGCGCGAACUCGCCAGGAGGUGCGUCUUCAUUGUCUCUGUUCGUCUCAUCCGAACGUGGUGUCUGUAGUCGACGUGUAUUUGAAUGAGAUCGCCGUGCCGGGUGAGCUGACGCGCCGCAAACGGAUCCUUUUGGUACUAGAGUUGAUGGAGGGUGGUGAGUUGUUUGAUCGGAUUUCACGGAAGACCAAGUUUACUGAGAAAGAAGCUAGUAGCAUUAGCAAGCAAAUAGCAGAGGCCGUGCGUCAUUGUCAUUCGCUCAACGUGGCACAUCGCGAUCUCAAGCCUGAAAAUCUUCUGCUCAAGAGUGCGUCAGAGGAUGACGUCACGGUCAAGUUAUCUGACUUUGGCUUUGCGAAAAUGGAUCAAGGAGAUCUUACAACGCCGCAGUUCACGCCGUACUAUGUCUCGCCACAAGUUCUGCAAGCACAGCAAGCGCAGAGAAUGCAGCGGCGUACGGGUGGAAGUGGCAGUCCAGUCACUUACGACAAGAGCUGUGACAUGUGGUCUGUUGGAGUCAUUAUUUACAUCAUGUUGUGUGGCUAUCCACCGUUCUAUUCUGAGAGUCCAAGCACUCAGUUGUCGAAUAGGAUGCGCCGUCGGAUCAUGGGUGGUGAAUAUGACUUUCCACAGAGUGAAUGGCAGCAGAUAUCAGCGAAUGCAGUCUCUUUGGUCAAACAACUCUUAGUUGUUGACUCAACUGCCAGAUUUACCGCUGAAGAAGUGUGUAAUCAUCAGUGGAUCAACCAGGGGACUGAAUCAAAUUCUGUUCUUCAUUCACCAGGCAUAAUGCUAGAUAAAGAGGCAAUGGAUGCUGCCAAAGCAGCGCAUGCUAGUCAGCUGAUGGAGAUGCGAAUGCCUGAUGCUCUCUUUAAAUUGAAAGAUCCAUUGGAUGCAAAGAACAAAUUAAUGACUAAGAGAAUGAGACAGUCCUCUGAGCAGCCCAUGGAAGUAUGCCUGCCACUUGGACAAGCAUCUGCUCCCAUUCCUGCCACUGCUUCGGUCAAGAGUCUUCGUGAUGUUGUUGCAUUUUGUCUAAUGCCACCGCCACCAUCACAAGCUGUUGAUCCUCCGGAAAAAGCACUCGGGGAGUUGGUAAAAAAAGCAGUGGCUCUCAACCUAGAAUGUGAAAGCCUCAGUGAAGCAUUGAGACUGGAAUCAUGGGAUGGAACGAGGUUUACUAGGUCAAUAGACAGAAGAAGGUUAGCUACACAUAUACAGCAGCUUUUGUAG